AUGAUUCAGAGCAUGUUCAACCUGGCGUCGUGCAUCAUGAUAACGCCAGUGAGCUACCACGGGGGCGUCGGCCACAAGCCGGUCAUAAUGGGCAUCGGCGCGCUCGUCGUGUCCGCCGGCUCGAUGGUGUUCGCCUCCCCGCACUUCCUGGCGCCGCAAUACAUGGUGGUGGACAGCGGCGCCGCCGACGUGUGCCCACAGCGAGGUCCGGGACAGUGCGAAUCCUCGGCAUCGUCCGGCGUCACCACCAGCGCCAACUUCUUCAAGUACUUCUUCAUGGCGGGGCAUGCGCUGCAUGGCGUCGGCUCGUCGCCAUUUUUCACCCUAGGCGUGGCUUACCUGGACCAAAACACGCCAUCGGCCAGCGCAUCUAUUUAUAUGGGUAUUUUUUAUGCCACAUCCGUCCUGGGACCCGCCAUGGGAUUCCUCCUUGGCGGGUACUUCCUUUCAAUGUACACGGACAUAACCGCCGAUCACUCAAAGCUGGGCAUGGACUCAACAAGUAACAACUGGGUGGGCGCUUGGUGGCUUGGCUUCUUCGGUGCCUCCAUUGUCGCUUUCUUCACUGCCUUUCCCAUCGCCAGCUUUCCAAGGGCGCUACCGACCGCCAUAGAACGGGCGAAAGAUCUGUCGAGGCUGCAAAAGGAGAAGCGGAUGCAAUCCCUGAAGCAAGCGCCGAGCACAGCCAAUGCGCAAGCUGCGCCGGACGCCCAGACUACACCGGGUUCGCAGGCAGUGCCAGAUGUCCAGGCUACUACGCCGGCCUCCCAAGCUCUGUCUGAUGCCCAGGCUACUCAGGACACCCAGGCUACUCCGGGCUCGCAGGCUACGCUGGAUGCCAAAGGCGCGGCAAGCGCACAGAGAGCACCAGAACCCGGUGUCACGAGUGCCCCGCCCGAUAUGCAGAUCGCGUCGGAUGAGAAUACCGGGAAGGAGAAGAGGAGCUUCGCCAACCACGUCAAGAGGCUCAUAUCCAACCCGACCUUCGUCUGUCUCACGCUCGCCGCGAGCGCUGAAACAAUGAUCGCGUCAGGACUCACCGGAUUCGCAACAAAGAUCUUCAUCUCCAUGUUUGGCAUCUCGUCAAGCCGGGCUUCCAGCCUUCUAGGCAUUGUAUCAGUACCGAGUGCUUGCGGCGGAACUCUACUGGGAGGCUACUUCAUAACGAAGCUGAACGUCAAGUCGUCCACGAUCGUGCGCUACUGCGUCGUGCUGUCAUUCGUACCAUGGUUCACAAUCUUUGUCUUCAUGCACUCCUGCCCCAGCAACCAUAGGGCACUUGUCAACCUCACCUCUAUUGCUACCAAUGUCUACGGCCAGAAGCUCACCUUCGGCGAUCUCGAGCACAGCUGUAACGCGCACUGCAACUGCUCGCGCAUCGGUUACGACCCGGUGUGUGGGAGCGACAACUUCACCUACUACUCGCCCUGCAUUGCCGGGUGCGGUGACGUGAGAAACUUCAAGAGUACUAAGCUGUACAACCAGUGCACGUGUGUGAACGGUCCGACGCUGUUCAUGGCCGCCGAGAAAAAGAGCAACGAGACGGGCAACUACUACAUGGCCAAGCGUGACCCGUGUACCACUGACUGCCGCCUCAUCUUGGUCUACGCGAUCGCCAUAUUUGUCGCGCUCUUCUUCACUUUCCUGCUCAUCGUGCCCGCCCUUACGGCGCUGCUACGCUCGCUCGACGAGGACAUCAAGUCCACCGGCAUCGGCGUCAACUACGUCGCCAUCAGACUCUUGGGCACCAUCCCGGGCCCGAUAUUGUUCGGUCACCUUAUCGACCGCAGCUGCGUUCUGUGGCAAGGCACAUGCGAUGGUGGCUCGGGCGCCUGCGCCGUCUACGAGAACUCGGCCAUGGGCAUGAACCUGUUCCUCAUCAUGUUGGGCGUCAAGUCGGCGUCCAUAGUGUUCUUCUUUUGCGCCUCACUUAGCAGCAACACGGAGGUACGCUCAAGCAUUUCUGCAGCCCCGCAGCCAUCUUGUCAACCGACGCCUGGAGUGGCGCCUCUAGCUGAUGCGGCCGAAGACGACGCGCCCUGCAAGCAGCAAGGAUCGGGUGGUUCUCUUAACGCGGACACCGCCGGCAAGGAGGAAGCUAAGGAAGAGGGCAGUGACAAGAUGAAAGUGGCGCGCAGCGAACCCAGGGAUGAAGCAGCGAGCAAGGAGGACACCGUCUCCAGGGACUGA